UUUUUUCCAUCUUCCCUCCCUCCUGCAAACCCAUCUUCCCUGCCAAGCCCCUCUCUGUGUCCCUCACCACUCGCCAUAGACGCCCUCGCCACUCCCUCGCUGGCCGCAGUCGCUUGUCGCCGUAAAGCCUAGUCGCCCUCAGCUUCGUCGCUCACCCGUGCUUGCCGUCGCCGCCCUCGGCCUCGCCGCUCACCGUCGCUGCCCUUACCUUCUCCCUCGGCCUCUGUUGCUCGUCGUCGCCGCCCUCACCGUCCCCGUCGCCCCUGCCAACGCCUCUUUCUGAAUAUGGCACACAGAUCAUCAUAUGGUCAAUCUAUGCGUCGUUGUUAGUUCAGAGACACUGAUGGGGAGGACCACAUUGGUACACUCUAUCUUUAACUUAUUCAUUACUUUGCAUGUUAAAUCCUUCACAAUUAUAUGUUUUUGCAGGGGGACAUUCAUCUCCAUCCACUGAUAUGAGAUUUGAUUCCCCUAGCCCACAAACACCCCACCCCAACUAUGAUGGGCCUUCUUCCACGCCUACUGAAGUCGAGGGUUCAUCCACACCCACUGCCACCCCUGAUAAUCGUCUGAUGAUAUGUUUAUUGGGUUUUUCGUUUGAUAAUAAUUUGUGCAAACGAGAUAUUUCCCGAAUUAUUCAAAGUAAGUUUGAGGGGCCAUACCCGAGUUGGAAGAAGACAGAUCCUGCUGUUAGGGAGGUGUGGUAUGGCGAGUUUAAGUCAAGACAAUUUGGUCGCCCACCUACACAAGCUGAGUUGUUCCUCGCGACACAUAGAAGGAAAGAUAAUUUUGGAUUUGUUGAUAGGAGAUUCGAGGAUACUUAUCUAACUUUGAGAUGCGACAACACGAGGCAUCAUCACAGUCAUCGACUGUUGGCCAUUCAGAAGAUAGUGAAGCUGGCCAGCCUUCGCACCCAGCUAUUGACGAUAGAUCCUUAUGGUUGGAGGUUGCGGGCGGUAAGAAAAAGGGUCGUGUUUAUGGAAUGGGGUCAGAGGCACAUAUAAUCCCCGGUUCUUACUAUGUACUGACACCACAACCACCGUCGUCCGUCUCACUAUCAGAUCAGAUACAAGAAGCUGUUCGGGUAGCAAUAGAACCCUUCAACCAGCGAAUCUCGACUAUUGAAGAUAGACUACAUCAUCAUUCUUCAUCUUCAUCGCCCCAGAACCCUUCGGAUCAUUAGCAUGAUCCAUUAUUUGUAUGGAUAUGUAAUAUGGAUUUGUAGACGAUUAUGGAUUUGUAGACAUUAUUUGUAUGCAUG